GGAGGACUCCAACGUACCGGUGGCUCAUUCCCUGUCUGGACUGCUAUCUGCAGAGGGUCCGGCUGCUUUCAUGUGAUGUCCCAGAGAUACCCCAGGAAGGGGCAGCCGUGUGAAGCUCAUCUCCCUCAAUCAGAGAGCGUGCAGCAAAUCUGAGGAGAAUUUGGGAACUAGAGGAGCCACCAGAGCAGGUCCUAAAAGAAGUGCUUUUUGUGGACUCUCUCCACCAUGGAGGCGCUGACCAUUGAACAAAAAGAGGACAGGACGCUGCUACAAAAGGACGUCUUCCGGCCAUGGCCCAGAACACGGCGGACGGUCAAAGGUUGCCUGCUUGGCCUGAAAGGGUUCCUCUUCCGCGUUGGCGAUGACUGGUACUUCCUGUUUGCGCUCGGCGUUAUUAUGGCGCUAAUCAGCUUCACCAUGGAUUUCACCGUCUCCCGCAUGCUGAAUGCUCACAGGUGGCUGCAGCAGGAGCUGGGAGAAAACAUGCUGCUCAGAUACCUCUCCUGGAUCGUUUAUCCCAUCUCCCUGGUGGCAUUUUCUACAGGCUUUGCACAGAGUAUCACCCCUCAUUCUGGAGGCUCAGGGAUCCCUGAACUGAAGACAAUCCUCACCGGGGUCAUUCUGGAGGAAUAUCUCACCAUCAAGAACUUUGGAGCCAAAGUGGUGGGUCUGACCUGCACCCUGUCGGCUGGAAGCACCAUGUUCUUGGGCAAAGUGGGUCCAUUCGUUCAUCUUUCCAGCAUGAUUGCCGCAUACCUUGGCCGAAUGAGAAAAUCUGUCACUGGAGAUUAUGAGAAUAAAAGCAAAGAGCAUGAAAUGCUGGUGGCAGCGGCGGCCGUUGGCGUGUCUACGGUGUUUGGGGCUCCUAUCAGUGGUGUCUUAUUCAGCGUGGAGGUGAUGUCGUCGCAUUUUGCAGUCAGAAAUUACUGGAGAGGAUUCUUCGCUGCCACCUGCGGAGCCUUCAUGUUCCGUUUAUUAGCCGUGUUUAACAGCGAGCAGGAUACCAUCACAGCCUUGUUCAAGACCAACUUUAAGAUCAGCUUUCCGUUUGACCUCCCGGAGACUUUUUUCUUCAUGAUGUUGGGGGUGAUUUGCGGGGUGGUGAGCUGCGCCUAUCUGUUCUGCCAGCGCUGGCUGUUGGGAUACGUCCGGAGGAACAGCUUCACCUCCAAGCUGCUGGCCUCUGAUAAACCCCUGUACUCUGCCUUGGUGGCGCUCCUGGUGGCAUCUAUAACAUUUCCAGAGAGUCUGGGACGGUUUAUGGCUUCACGGCUCACAAUGAAGGAGCUUCUCACCUCACUCUUUGAUAACCGUACAUGGUGGACACUUUCCCAGAAUGCUUCUCUUGAGAGACCACCUGGAGUGGACCCCGACAACCUUUGGAUGGAAUGGGCGAACCCCCAAAUCACCAUCUUUGGCACAUUGCUUUUCUUUAUCAUCAUGAAGUUUUGGAUGUUUAUUUUGGCCACCACCCUGCCUAUGCCUGCAGGAUACUUCAUGCCGGUGUUUGUGUUUGGGGCUGCCAUUGGGCGCUUGGUGGGAGAAACUGUAUCAUUCAUCUUUCCAAAUGGCAUCACCACAGAUGGGGCGAUUAAUCCCAUCAUACCUGGAGGCUACGCAUUGGCAGGAGCGGCUGCUUAUUCAGGGGCAGUUACACACAGUCUCUCCACCGCGCUCCUUGCGUUCGAAGCCACCGGUCAGAUAGCGCACAUCCUUCCGGUGAUUCUCUCUGUUCUGGUCGCCAAUGCCAUCGCCCAAAAAUUCCAGCCAUCCUUCUACGAUGGCACCAUUAUUGUGAAGAAACUUCCAUACCUACCAAAAAUCCGAAGCCGACAAAUAAAUUCUUAUAAAGUGAACACCGAGACGUUUAUGGAUACGGACAUCAAGGUCCUUUCCACCGAUGCCAGCUUUGAAGAUGUCCUCAGUGUGAUCACGUCUUCUGAAGACCAAGAGUUCCCCGUGGUGGAGAAUACAGAGUCCCGGAUUUUGGUGGGGAAAGUCCAGAGGUCCCAGCUGAUCCGCUUCCUGGAGACCCAUGAAUCACAGCAACAGCCUAAGGCCGUUCAGAGCAAGACUGAGAACGAGAAUAACCUGAAGGGCGGAUGCACCAUCGAGCCGAUCACCUUCCAACUGUCCACAUGGACCUCUCUGCAUGAGGCACACCAUCUCUUUGAGUUGCUGAGUCUGCAGCAUGUGUUUGUCACCAAAAGCGGGCAGAUUGUCGGACGUGUUACGAGGAACGAGCUGAGGAUGGCCAUUGAGGCUCUUGCAAACCCGAAAUGAAGCAGCCGGGAGCAGGAAGCACCGCCGGUGAUCAUCGUUAACGCCGUUAUCUGAAGAAAGCUGCAUAAACGGGGACCACAUGUGUUGUUGACCGGCACAGGUAAAGUGCUGCCCCCUGCAGUGCACUGGGGGGUAUAAACUCACAGAAGGGAAUAAAUUACUCAGCUAUACUCCCCACAUACUGCAGGGGGCAGCACUUUACAUGUCGGUCAACAAUGUGAAUUUUUUUUAGUUUGUUGCAAAAUUUAUAUUUAAUUGUGAAUUAUUUGAUGUUUGUUUUUAGUCCUACAUCCUGAGUGUGUUUCAUACAUAAUUAGUACAUGCGCCACAAAUCGCACCAGCCCCUGUUCUGCACAACAGAAUCACUGUAUUUUUAGUAAUUCAUAUGACUCUGGAGGUCUUUUUUGUAUGGCUGUUACGCCUAGAUGUUUUUUUUUGUUGUUAAAAUCUUUGAAAAGCAGAGUAAUAAAAGUGGAGAGAACAGUU